GUAAAAUUUGAAUACAAUUAUACUAAGUCUGGUUCAUGAUCUUUAUAUAUAUACGAUAGUAUAUGCGUGUAAUAUAUUUCAAGAAAAAACUCUAAAACAUAAUUACACCUAGUCGUAAACUGUCUACAUUUUAAUCAAAUAAGAGCAAUUCUUUAAAAGUAAAUACACAAGGGGGAAAACUAGCUAUAGCGUAUAGGGUUGAGUAGUUUUAAGUUUUACGACUACUGCGUAACUUUUCACUCCAUUGACUUUGGUUUAUAUGUACGAAUUGAAGUAUAUAUACCGACGAGUAUGUAUACUCAACUACACAUCCGAUCCUUAAGUAAUCAUCCCAUCCAUCCACCGCAAUCACACCGUUCCGCCGCCGAUAUAUUAUAAGCAACAUAUAUAUCAGCUUUUGCUGGCGGCUAUAUAUGGAGAUGCGGUGGUCGUCGCCGGAAGUAAAAUCUCCGAGGAAGGAGAUCCAAGGUCCCCGCCCAACGCCGCUCAAAGUACACAAAGACUCCCACAAGAUAAGAAAGCCUCCUCCGGUGCCGCAGCCGCCGCAGGCGGCGCCUCCCCGGCCGCCCGUUAUCAUCUAUACUUUGUCCCCCAAGAUUAUCCAUGCAAACCCUAGCGACUUCAUGUCCCUAGUUCAACGCCUCACCGGCUCACUCCCGGCCGAACCGUCCUCCUCCUCCCAGGCGGCCUUCCAAGGCUAUCUCACCGGCGGCGCGGUGUCUCCGGCGGCCUGCUUUGCUUCUUUGGAGAAAACCCGGACGACGCCGAAGGGUAGGGACCCGCAGAUGUCACGUGACGUGGAAGGGAUGGUUGGGGGUGUAGAGAUUAGCGGUGAGGUCGAAAGGAGCGGAUACUUCCCCGCGGGGGUAUUAUCGCCAACUCCGGCUUCUUUCCCGCCUAUUCCUCCCAGCUUUUUCUCGCCGCCGUCCGAUCAAAACCAUCUAGGGUUUUUCACAGAUUUAAUCAGUCCUGUGCUGCACAGUAGCAGAUACCACCCAGAAACCGGCUUUUACAUUUCUAGCCCUUCGAUUCUCAAUAAUUUCAUUUCGCCUCGGUUCAUUUUCUCCCCAGGCUCUGCAUCUCUUGAGCUUUUCAGUAAUGACCUCUUUGACCUACCGGCAACCCACACCCUAUAGCCGGAAAGUCUCGGGAAUUUAAGGACAGGAGCUUUCAUCGGGGAAGUCAACGGUGACUUUUCUACCAAUGGUUUGAUGUAAUAUAAAAUCAGCAGAAUUGUAAAAAUGUAACGGGUCCGAAUGAAUCCCUUUCUCGUCCUAAUUUAUUGCGAGGAAUUGUAAUGGCUGGCCGGCUAUUCUGGUUGAGCAACUUUAGUUAAGCAUUCAUGUUGUAUGUAGUACAUAAAUAUGGAGUAUUUCUUUUUCUUUCCAAUAAAUUGAAUUUUAAGCUGCUACUAGUAUCGUGCGAUGCACGGUGGAAUGUUAAAAGAAUAUUAAUUUUAAAAAGUUUAAUUAAUAUUUCUUAGAAAUCAC